AUGGCCGCUGUCACUGAGAGCGCGCCGAGGAACCAAAAGGGCGAGGUGUCGGAUUCUUCAAUGGGUGUGAGAACGAUCCCCAUCAUUGCGCCCACAAUCCAAAUGUCGACGCCGUCUCCGGGUGAGCCAAUGGACAUGACCACACCGACGGGCUCGUCUGCCCCGGCCUCAGCCACCAAGAGCCCGGAGCGCGGGGCCAGGGCCAACGGAGGGCCAAACGACCGCCUGCAGCCACCGGCUCCGCAACACGAACAAACACCUCACGAAAACACCAUGCCGGCGCCGGCAACAACUGCACAGCCCGUUCAUCAGCCCAAGGUCCAGACGGCAUUCAUCCACAAGCUAUGGAGCAUGCUGGAAGAUCCCAAAAUACAGCAUCUUAUCUCUUGGACGGCGAAUGCGGAUAGCUUCGUCAUUCAGCCCUCGCACGAAUUCUCCAAGGUGCUAGCGCAAUACUUCAAACACACCAACAUCUCCUCUUUCGUGCGGCAACUGAAUAUGUAUGGGUUUCACAAAGUGAGCGAUGUCUUCGCGCAUGGGACGCCUGACUCGACCAUGUGGGAAUUCAAACAUGGCAAUGGAAACUUCAAGCGCGGAGACAUGAUUGGGCUGCGCGAGAUUCGGCGCCGCGCGUCUCGCCAUGCGCUCGUUCACCGAGAGUACAACAACCAGAAGGGACCGCCGUCGCAACCUGGCACGCCCGCCGAGCCCAUGGCGCCCAUGCCGGACGCGGCCAAUCCGAGACUGAGCAACAUCGAGCACACACUCUACGAUCUGAGCGCCCGGUUGCAGCGCCAUGAGGAGAAUGCCCAAUUCAUGCAGGUCAAGCACCAGGCCAUUUUGGACACGGUGACCCGUUUGCUGCAGUUCAAUCAGGAACUGUCCCGCGCCGUCCUGGCCCUUGCUCCAAGCCCCGACAACCCGAUACAUCGGGACGUCUCGAUCCUGCAGUCUGAGGUACAACGGCAGAUGGACAUGUUCCGCACCCUGGAGGAGCCCCAUGAAGCUGUGUUUGCCAACACCCGGUCGUACUUCUCUAACGUGGAGAACGCUCCCGUAUCGCCGCGGCAAUUGCCCCAAGACGACCCCCGCAGAACUAAUCUCGCAGUUCCCCAACCUCGGCAGCCAAAUUACUACCGGCCCUCGGUACCCUCGAGCCUCUCCAUCAGCACCCGACGCCCAUAUGGAUCAAUAGGCGGCAAUAGCACGCAGUCCUCGCCAUCUUCCGUCCGCGUCCAGGCGCCCCCACCGCCACCGCCUGGGCCACAUCCUCUGGCCAACGUGGAACUGCCCCCUGGCAGCCUCGCUCGGCGGCAUACCUCAGCCGACAUCCGCGCGCACGGCUGGCAGCCGAAUCCGCCACCCUUCGCAUCCGGUCCUUCGUCUUCGCAGUGGCCGUCGUCGCCGAACCGCCUCGCGCCCGGCGACGACCAGCGGAUCCGGGACUCCUUCUCGCACUACUCGCUCCAGAGCGGGUCGCAGCCCCACUCGCGGCCCGCGACGCCUCCGCUGCCGCACCUUUCCAACGGCGGACCGCCGCCGGCCGUGGAUGCCUUUGGCAGCUGGUCGUGGAACUCAGCAAACCGCGGCGGCGACAACAGGAAUCUGAUGGUCAAAGACCAUUCGGCGCCGCCAACGCGGAGGGGCAGCAUGGCGCAUAUCCUGAAUCCGACCGACACGGCCGAGAGGCCGGACGAGGACGCGCUGGACCCGAGGGGAGACGAUGAUCGGAAGCGCAAGAGGUUGCAAUGA